AUGCUUGUGUUAAUUAGUAUUUUGUUCAUGUAUUUCACACAAAUUUCUAUGCUUUUAUGCCUGUUCAUAUGUAUGCUUUGCUUGGUUAAGCAAGUUGAAUCUGUGUAUUUGAUUGAAAAUGUACAUCAGCUCCAUUUACUUUGUGCAGAUAUUAAGCAUGUUUCAAAAGGGGGGAAAAAAAAAACCUACACAUAUAUAGCAAGAAGAACUGCUGGAAAAACAAAAUAAUGGCAAAGUAUUGACUUAGUUGAGUAACUUCCACAGUGCUUCCAAAAGUGACUUCAGGUGCACUUGUUCUCAAAGCCUUUUCCAAUUUUCUGUUCUUAUCUUAUUUCAUUUUUUUGUCAAAAUGCUCUUCUGUUUCCUCCUUGAAAUCAUCUUAGGAAGCUUAUAUUAAGUUAAUUCCAGGAAAGAAACCAGCUUUUCUAACAGUUUGAGGCACUGGUGUAAUGUUUUAUAAUGAUCAAACCAGUCGUGCACGUUUGAUGUUGAAGGAGUAGUGUUAGCGGCAGCCCUUACAUGGGAAGCUGAGCUUGCUUUGCUCCCUGACCUGGCAUCUCUGGAUCUUUUAGAGGUUUUAUGCAACAUCAAGGUGCUCUGUAGCACCUCUUUGUAGUCAUAUGGGCAUCUGGAGAUGUAGUUGGCCGGACUGUAGUUGUGUGAUGAUGAUUCUCAGAGGAGAAGAGCUCAGCUCCUGCAUUUACUUUCUCUGUGGAGCUGUGCAGAUCUUGACAGGAUUAUAGCAGUAAAAACUGAUUUUUGUGCUUCAGGUAAGCAGGAGUGAAAACUCAGUGCACAAUCCUCUUAUUGGAAGUUGCAUUCUCUUUCUGCCUUCAGGUCAUUGGUGAAGAGCCUUCUUGAUUUGCGGGUUUCUCUGGUCCAGAAGCACUGAAUGCUCUGGUUCUGGCAAAGCCUCUCACCUUCCUCACAGGUGGCAGCUUUACAAAACAGGAAUCUUGCUUUAAAAAAAAAAAAAAAAGGCAACAUUAUAAAGAUCUCUGUUUUAGAGAAUUUUAUUAAAGGUCACGUUUUCCCUUUUGUCAGCCAGCUCUCUUGGCAGCAGAUGGUCUGAAGGAAUAGUCUGCAUUGCACUUGAUCUUGAAUCCCCCAGUAUACCUGAAGAUUUUGAGCAGAAAUAAAUUCAGUGUUCUCUGAGGAGUUCUGCUAACAAAUUAAUCAGAUAAAUGUCUUGCUGAUUGCUGGCUUUGUUUUGGUGCUGACAUUAGUGCCUGCCGCCUCCACUGGGGCCACAUUUUCUCUGCUUUUUCCUCAGAACUUCUCAUUUGUUUUGUCUGACUGAGCGGGAACAGCUUUGGAACAAGAUUUGUGAGUUGACGCAGGUUUCUCUUUCAUAGCAAUUAAAAAACAAACAACCUCCCCCAACCCUUUCUGAUGAUUUAAGAUCAUCUUCAGGGAGAAAUGCGUUUUUGGUUGCUGCUGUGGAACUUGUAGCCACAAAGGAUGAAGUUGAUUAAGGCUCAUUUGACGUGCUUUCUGGUCUGGUGCUCCAGUAACUGUGCCGUGAUUGUGCUCCAGCCCUUGUCUGCAUCAUCCUGGUGCAAGGUGUGGGCACUCAAUUUAGUUUCAUUGCAGGGGGAGGUGGUGGUCUAAGUGCUGGUGUGAUGGCUAGAGAGAAGGAGCAGGGAGCUUUCCUAUGAGGUCUCACAGAUAACCGAUGUCACAAGUUGGAUGAGGGGUGUUGAUCUGGAGCCAGGGAUUGACUUUGAAAGCUCUGAAGUUUGGUCUUAAUGCAAUCCUAAGUUUAGAUCCACCCCUUGGUCGCUUGUAUUGCCUGUAUGUGGAGGAUCCAAGAAGCAGCAUUUGUGGCUCUCGUGUUUGUUGUAGGGUCAUGAGACUUUCUGUGGAGUUUAUGAGAACAACGUGGCUCUGCCAUCAAAAACAUGACAUCUGUUACCAUGUUUUAGAAGUUCUCACACUUGCUGGAACAUUUCAUUUUUUUAAAUUUUAAGAUCUCCACUAAAGAUGUCCUUAACUGUGCACAAAUAAUUUCCAUUAAAUAAUGGAAACUAGCUAUGAGAAAGGAUGCUUUUAGUAGGUCAUCUAGAUGAUUGCUUCUGCAAUGUUUUCUUGAGUUUCCCUUCAGAACUUUAGAUGAAAUAGUGCUGCCAUCACCCUGCUUUAGGAAAUGCACAAAAAACCCCAUGUAUUUAGAACAGGAUGUGCAAGUUGAAUGAGGAGAUUUGAAAGUUAAACCCCAACUUAACAUCAAGUGGCUGAUGGGAAGAUGUAGUAUUUUCUCUCCUUAUGAACUGAAGUUAGUUUUGUGGCUCCAGAUUGUCAUAAAUUGCUUGUUUUUCACUUUAUUUUUUUACAUUUAUUUCUUGGCUGACAGCUUCAUUCUUUAGCUUUUUGAUAGCACCAAACCACAUUUGUCACGUUUGUCUCUAUCCCCUUCCAGGCAUCUUGGGUUCAGGAAGCCUGCUGUCAGCGGUGUCGAUACUUUGAUCCUAAUUUGCAGGCUUCAACUUUGUGCCUAUGUGCUCUUUCUGCAUAACUCUGUAUUGCUGUGUGACCUGUCAUUGAGAGAAUGAGCUUUUCUGAGGGAGAAGAGCAUUCUGUACCAGGAUGUACUGAAGUGAUGUAUCUCCUUAGCAUUUCAUCUUGGAAAAGAGGAGCAUGUGCCUGUGCUGUUGCGUGGUGACUGUCCUUGAAUGCAGCUGCAUGCUGCAGCUUCCCCCAGAGUACACAGAGCCCUCUAUGUGAUGGAGGGAGGAGAGGUAGGGCUGGAAUAAGCCACUUGAGAUUACUUAGCUUUCACCAGGAGGUACUGGUGUGCUCAUGUGCUUUGGAGGACAUGCACAGAGCUUGCUGUGGAUCCACAGCAACAUGUGUGUGCCAUCCUUAGUGCCAACAGGCCAAGCAAGCCUCUCCUUUUUGUGCUUGGGUGCCAUUUGUUGCUGCCUCGCCCUCAGGCCAGUUUGAGAAAUGCAGAACUGGGGAUGUUCUUUUGGCAGAGUGGGCACCAGCACUCUUGUCCAACAUCCAGUCUUUGUUUCAGUGUCAAGAGCUGCAGCCUCUGUUCUUCCCCUUGGGGAUGCAGACCAAUAGCUCUUACUGUCAGAAAGUUUCCUUAAUGCUAAGCUGAAAUUAUUUUCUUUCUUUGGAUUUUAUCCCAUAACUUCUGAUCUCUCACAGACCCAUUGCUUUGUUCCAACAGCGUUAAUGUCCUGCCAGCGUAUCAAGAGUGUAAAUGACUUGAUGUGCGCAUUAAGGUGUGUUUUGAUCUUGGUGGCUUUUUCCUGUAGGGCAGCUGCUUCAGGUCCAGAAUCUCUUUAUUUUUGUCUGUGUAUACGCUAAUUACAUUGUGAAACAAGUAAUUUCAAGCAAUAAGUAAGAUGUGAGCAUUUUGCAGAAUGGCUGGCUCUGUACACAGGCCAAGUGACUGCUCCAUUGGGUCACCAUCCAAAUGCCUGGGGGCCAAGGACUUCAGAGCAAUUCAUAAAACAAGGGGUUGAUGGUACUGGUUAGUUGUCUUAUGAAACCUGUCAUUCUAGACAUCCUGUUGUAUUGUUCAUCUGAAAUGGGGUAAGCCGCUAUGGGAAAUGAUUUUCCCAACAAGUUCUAAUUGGUUGCUGAGAAUUAUGGAGUUGCUGGUUACUAUUAACAGUAGGCUCAAGGCUGUGAAGGUACAACAAAGUGUUUCUGUGAGGGUAAGAGGAAGUGAAGGUGACAGAGAGUGGCAGGUUUUAUUAGAUGGUUUUUGCAUCUCUGAUCUUUCCUAAGGAGAAAUGGGCUAUUUUAGGUUUCUACAACAAGUUUGUAGAUUUAUCCCAGGGUCUUUGUGGCCAGUUUGGAACAGGGGUAAAAAUUGAGAAGCUCCUGAAUGUUGAGUGAAGACAGCGCUGUUUGAGGCUUGGAAAGGAAAAGCAACAGAUCAUAGUUUAAAACAAUCAAAAAUUCAGUCUAGUUCAUUAUGAAUGCUUACUAAGGAUUUCAAGAUGCUUUUCUCAAAGCUUGAUGAUUUUGUCUACUUUAAGUCCCCUUAGGAUGACUGCUGCCCAGAAGCAUCUCCUCAGUUACAUCAAAGCAGUAUCCAUUGUAUAUCUGGAUACUUGUUAAUGAUUCUUGCCUUGUAGUUAUGAGGGAAAGACUGCCAUUACCUUCCUGCUUCAUGUUAUUAUUUAUCUGUAACCUUGAAAUCUAUUGGCUUUAUUGCCUGUGCUGCCUUGGUAGCAUUGAAAGCUUGAUCUGCCUUUUGUAAGGCAUCUGUGUAAUGUUACUGGUAGUCCGUGGGGAGCUGACUACAUGUGUUAGAUAUCUGAAACAGUCUGUGAAAAAAUUGGAAAUGAUUUUCUAAUACUUUUCCCAGCUAAGCAGUUGUUACAUCUGUGGGAUUAUUUACCGUGAACGAGACAUGAAGCAUCACAAAGACCAACUUUCUAAUAUGCAGUUCUGCAAGUCAGUUGUGAGGUGGGAAUUGCAUGUUAGGUGAUACAAGUUAUCAGAAAAGGCACGCUAUCAGAAGCAGCUGGGGAGACGUGGAUUAGAUGAAGUGCUUACAGGAAUGUCUGCAGUUGCUUGGAAAUCUGAGAGGAUAGUUACUAAUUAAUUUUAAAUAAGACACGUGGAGUUAGUUAAGUUUAACCUUGGUCUCUCCAAGGUUCUGUAUUAACUAAUAACUGAUUAAUGGUGUGGACCAAGGAAUAAGGACUAUGCUCAUUAAAUAUCCAGCUAAAGCUGAGUGGGGUUCCACUUCUGCUUGGAAGAUACCUUGUGCUAACAGCCAUCCCAACAAACUGGAGAAGCAGUCUGAAGGGAGCUGGAUGGAGUGCAGUAGAGGCUGAGGGGUGCAAGGCUGGUGAAGCUUCCCUAACUUUUUGGCAGCAGGACCACAUUAUUGCAAAAAGCAAACACACUUGGGUUUGUACAUGGGGCUACUGCCUGGAAGUUGCAUAAUGGGAAAGAACAAUUUUCUAUGUAGGGAAGUGUACGGCUGAAAUACUUUGCCUGGAUUUAGGCAUCACAACCUCCUAUUGUUUUUUGUGGACCAGCCCUAGGCGGGAUAGUAGAGAGCAACAAGCUGGAUCAGAAAUGUAAGAAACGUGGUCUGUGAGCAGAGGUGACUGAGCCAGUUGUAUUUUGGCCUGGGGAAGGCAGUGGCAUAAAAACAAGAUGAUGAGAAUAGCGUCUAUGAUGCUGACAGCAUCAGGAAAGGAAGAGCUCUCUGUGUGUCUGGUGCUAGUAGAAAACUGGUGAAGGGCUUGAGCCACAUGAGGAGGGAUGCUGGCUUUUGUCUAGGAAGCUUCUGCUGCUAAGGGUGGCAUGAAGAGGUGGCAGUGUCCCCAUGAAGCACAGCUGGGACAUGCAUUUUUGGCAAUGUCAUGAGAUCUUGGUCCUAUCUCACUGCCCUUCUCCAGUGCCUUGUGGAUCGUUUCUCUGUGAUUCUCUUUUGAGAGUGGCCAUCAGUGUGUGGUAUGGUUAAGGAAGGAAGCACAAAGCACUGCUUUCACACAGUGGCAGUUCUUGGUUUGGGGGCUUGGCUGUUGGUGAGUGCUGGCAGGUAGCAAUAACUGCAAGCAUUGGUCUUGAUUCCAAUUGCCUUUCUGAUGUUAAAAGUUGGAUUUUAAGAAACACGUCUUUCUGAUGUUUUUUCUCCUGGUAAUGCAAUAUUUUCACAGGCAGUAUUAACAGAAAGCUUCUUUGCAUUUCCAAGUUUUGUUUUCUGUAUCUAUGCUGUCUUAGUUUCUAUAAAAACCUUUUUAAUUUUUCUUUUCUACUGCACUGUGUUGCAGUUUCUGUUGCUGCUGUGUUGCUUUUUGUUUACCAGGCCCUGCUGGUACAGUGCAUGCUUCUCCCUGUUUGUUACCUCUCCCUGUUUGUUACCCCUGGCCUCUGUUUGCCCCUGGGGGCUGGCACCUGCCUCUGCUGGGGUUCUGGCACUGAGCCCCUACUCCUUCAUUUGAGAUGAAUCAGCUUUGUGUUUCUGAGUCAGUGUAUUAGGACUGACUUAAUCCCCUCCACAUACACACGAAACAGAAAAAAAAAACCAAAACAACUUAAAGCAAACAAACAAGCUAGCUGUAUCUUCCUUGCUAUUUUGUAUAUACUGUGAAAUAAAUAAAACUGGUACUGCAGGUUGUAGCUGUACAGCAGAAUGGGUAAGGAACAAGAGAGAGAAUUUUAGUUGAACCUUUUGGUAUUGUGGAGUUCAUCUUGGCCUUUAACUGAGCAAACAAACGUGUUUUUAAUGAAUGAUUAAAAAAUAUAUUAGUUUUGUGGUUCAGCUGGGAGGCAGAGGCUGUGGUUUUGUUCACACUUAAAAGUUGUAAGCUUCACUGCAUUUUAAUGAUUCCAUUUGAGCUGCCGUGACCAAGGCUUUGCUUUUGUUUCUAUGGAAAAUUUACAUUAAAGGCAUUCAGUGGGGGACAUUAAGGAAGGAAACUCAGAAGUGAAACAUUUUUGUAAGAAAAAAAACUUGCUUAGUCAGGUUUGUAAAAUUGAUCAGGAUGCUCUGUUCAGCUUCAUCUCUCCCCCAGCCCCUCUACUGUAUGUGCAGUCCCCUCAGCUGGAGGGCGAGCCAGUACUGCCAUGGGGCUUUGCUGUGGAGCCCUGGCAAGUUCUGAGGUGGCUCUCUUGUUCCCCCUGUUUGCUCAGCCUCAUUUGUGGGCUGCAGACUGGAUUGCCCUCCUGAGGGCAGAGGCUGGGCUCCUGGCUCACAUCCAGACAUGCCAGUCCCUCAGCAAUGGCCUGCAUGCUGCCUGAGGUGCAGGCCAGGCUGUGUGCUGCCAGUCACCAUCCGGGCACCUCGCCUUGGCUGCUGCUUCAUCUGCUGGUCAUGGGUACGUAGCCAGGGACUGGCAAGGAGAUGGGAAAGAGGCACUGAGAUGGUUUAAAGGAAACCCAGCAACACGCAAACACAAAGCCCCAAAACCUUAAAUCAAAGAAAAACGGUAGUUAAAACUAUAAAAUACUGUUGGGUCACAAUAGGGGAGCUAUAAUAUAUUGUGUGGGCCUUUCUUUUAAAAUUUUCUUUUCCGCCCCCUCUCCAGCUUAUAAGGAGCUGCUCUCCUUUGAUGGCACAGGCACAGUUGAGCAAUGCCUGCUCUCAGUAAUGGGCUGCCUGCUGCUCCUCUGGCUGCUGGGCUGUGGGACUCAGCCCUCUGCUGCGGGAGGGUGGCGAAGCAGCAACAUGGUGCUGACACAUGGGCUGGGAGCUGGCUUAUUUCAGGGAGAGAGUGCCAUUCCACCCACCCUUGUUCUUUUUCUUCUGGCAGUUAUGUGUGCCUAGAUAUCAGAUCUUCAUCUUUUACUUCGUUUCUGUUCUCUAAUACUGCGUUUCCCAGCUCUUAGUGGCUGACACCCCCAGGAGCAUUGUCACAAAUCUACUGGGUGUAACAACUGUAAUGCUUUUGUCGUGUCCCUUACAAUAGGCUCACGUACAUGUGCAUAACCCCUCAAGAGGGGAUUAUGGGCAGAGAAAUGCCUCCUCUUUCCAUGAUUCUUAUUGCUUGAAGCGAGUUAGUCAAUUAAAAAGAGCAAGUAAGCAGAGCCCCUGCCAGAGAAGCUGAGCUGUCCAGGAUCAUCACAGAGGAGCCUGAGGAAUGUGGGGAGGAAUUCAGGCUGGAGCUAUUCGACCCUUUCUCUCUAGAGCUAUUUUUUAAUUUGCCUUUAUGUGAAUUUAUAAGCAUGCUCCCUUCAUCCACGACCCUCUAGAAUAAAGCAAGUGUCUGCAUAUCGGAGGAGAUCAACCUUUUAGACUAGCUGAAUAAGCUGGCAGUUACCUAAACAUUUAGUUUCAUAUUCCUGAAACAGAAUAUUCUAGGUUAAGUUUCAUUUUGUUGAUAUCGGUAAAGAUGGUUCUUAUUCAUAGAAAUGGCAAAGUUGACUUUAAGAUUAUUCUUAUGGAUUUACUUAUUGUUGUAGUAGUUUGUGUUUUUAUAUUGUAGCGUGUGUUGUGUGUACAGUUGGUGCAUUUUAUUUUUCCAUAAACUGAGUGAGAAUUAGGGAAAUUAGGUUUUAGAAGUGUAAUUUUCUUUGGGAAAUUGCAAUAAAAAUAUGACAUACCCUUCACUUACUUGCCAAAAGUGAAAUUGUAGCUCAAACAUGAAAUGCCUGGUGUCAAUCCUCCCUAAAUAGCACUCCUUUCAUUUUUUUAGGAGCUUGUGAUGCCAUCAGAUGAAGCGAAAACAUCUACCUCGUGACCUGGCAUGAUGCGUCAGGAUGAAACGCCACAGGCAUCUGAGCACCAGUGACAGUUCAGACAAUGAGAGUCCUUCCACUUCCUUUUCUUCUUGUGCUAAAUACAGGAGCAAGUCAAAAACACCAGCAAAUGAACAAAAGAAACCUGCUGAGGUGUUCCGCAAGGAUCUCAUUAGUGCCAUGAAACUACCGGAUUCUCACCAUGUUAACCCCGAUGAAUAUUAUGUCUUUGCGGACACGUGGAAACAGGAAUGGGAGAAAGGAGUCCAAGUUCCAGCCAGUCCAGAAACAAUUCCACAGCCAUCUCUCAGGGUUGUCGCAGAAAAGGUGAAAGAAGUACUGUAUACACGACCCAGGAAGUAUAUCCACUGUUCCAGCCAAGAGCCUACAGAACCAGGUUACAUCAACAUUUUGGAAUUGGCAGAAUCUGUGUGUCGCUAUGAUUUGGAUGAUAUGGACAUCUUUUGGCUCCAGGAACUAAAUGAAGAGCUUACCGAAAUGGGAUGCGGGCCUCUGGAUGAAAACACAAUGGAAAAAACUAUUGAAGUGCUGGAGCGACACUGUCAUGAGAAUAUGAAUCACGCUAUUGAGACUGAAGAAGGUCUGGGUAUAGAGUAUGAUGAAGAUGUCAUCUGUGAUGUGUGUCGGUCUCCUGACAGUGAAGAUGGGAACGAUAUGGUGUUUUGUGACAAGUGUAAUAUCUGCGUCCAUCAGGCAUGCUAUGGAAUCUUGAAAGUCCCCGAAGGGAGCUGGCUGUGCCGCACCUGUGUUCUGGGAAUACAUCCUCAGUGCCUCCUGUGUCCAAAACGAGGAGGUGCAAUGAAAGCCACCAGGACAGGGACCAAGUGGGCACAUGUGAGCUGUGCUCUCUGGAUUCCAGAGGUUAGUAUUGCUUGCCCAGAAAGGAUGGAGCCGAUCACAAAGGUCUCUCACAUUCCACCAAGUCGAUGGGCUUUAGUGUGUAGUUUAUGCAAACUGAAAACCGGUGCUUGCAUUCAGUGUUCAGUGAAAAGCUGCAUCACUGCCUUUCAUGUCACCUGUGCCUUUGAGCAUAGCUUAGAGAUGAAGACUAUCCUGGAUGAUGGGGAUGAGGUCAAAUUCAAGUCAUACUGUCUAAAGCACAGCAAGAACAAACAGAAUUCGCUGCCUGAUGUUGAUGAACAUCCCAAGAGCAUAACAGAUCAGAAGCAAACAGAGAGUGAGAAAACCAGUUUGCGAGCCCAGAAACUCCGGGAGCUGGAAGAAGAGUUUUACUCACUAGUUAAAGUGGAGGAUGUUUCAGCAGAACUGGGCCUCCCUAAACUUGCUGUAGACUUCAUCUACAAUUACUGGAAACUAAAGCGGAAAAGUAACUUUAACAAACCUUUGUUUCCUCCCAAGGAGGAUGAAGAAAAUGGCUUGGUGCAGCCAAAAGAAGAUAGCAUUCAUACUCGCAUGAGGAUGUUCAUGCAUUUGAGGCAGGACCUAGAGAGGGUAAGAAAUCUCUGCUACAUGGUAAGCAGGAGAGAGAAACUGAAGCUGUCUCACAGUAAAGUACAUGAACAGGUCUUCAAUUUGCAAGUUCAGCUCAUUAAUCAGGAAAUUGCUGCAGGCCAUACCCUGACAAGUGCACUAGAGAACACACUGUUCUACCCACCUCCCAGGAUCACCCUGAAGUUAAAAAUGCCCAAAUCAGCACUAGGAGAUUGCAAAAAUAACUCGCUGAAGCCAGGCAACAGACCGCUCUCUCCUGACAACAACAGCACUGUUUACAGCAAAAGGAGCGUGCCGAUGUCAAAGGAAGCAUUUGAAAUCAAAGCCAAAUCUUACUCCAGGUAUCAGCACGACACCAGGAGUAAUGGGUUGCUUGUGACAGGAGGGAUCGGCAAGCCUCGUGGCGAGGCGAAGGACUCCGGUCUUGUGCAGGUGCCAGAGUUCCACCGGGGCCAGCCAUCAGGGAAGCCUCUGGCACUGCAGGCUGCUCUGCACGGACAGUCCUCCAUCGGGAAUGGGCGGCUGCAGCAGGAUGGCUCGCGGCUGGUGGCCAAAUCCAAUGGUCUGAUGGGCAGAACUGGCGACGUGAGCCAGAGGGACAGUUCCAGCCAGACGCCCUUUGAACAAGAGUCUGUGCUGACGGCUCAUUUGGCCAGCCAGAGUGGUUUUAGAAAAUCCACCAUUGAACACUUUAGUCGGUCCUUUAAGGAGGCCACUAACAGCCUGGUGAGGACAACGGAAGAUUUGCGGUGCUGUGAGAAGCCAACGAGAAGGCUCACAGCAAAAGAACGCUUGUGGAGCAAGCAGACGCUCGAAGGGGCUCCGUACCAGGACAAUGAUGGGUACUGUCCCGACUUGGAGCUGAGUGACUCUGAAGCAGAAAGCGAUGAAAAUAAAGAGCAAAUGAGGUUAAGACGGAGUAGCUCAGAGAGAGAAAGCCCAAAUAAGGACUUUGGAAGAGAGUGUCACAAUAGAAACAAAAAGAAUAUGAUUUCUCACAGUUCGGUACAAAGGUGAUUAGAAGCCCCCACGGGGUAACUCAGCCUUUGUGUAUUCUGGUGUACCAGUGCAAAGCUCAGCAUCCACAGGUUCCAGAAAACAGCACAGGAGCUACGUUAGGAAGAACUGCAGCGGGAGAUGGGAAGGGGAGUGAAAUCAGAGUAGUUUUGUUCAACUGUGAAUUGGCUUGCAGCCUUUGCAAGCUUAACCGAGCUAUUGCAAAGUCACGAAGAAAUUGAUGGGUUCUGUUAGAGUUGAACAUCUGGGAAAGCACGAAGUGGUUGAUCCUUACGUAAAUUCAGGAAACUGCUUCCUCCUUGCCAGCACGUGUGUGAGGCCAGAUGUCCACCUCAUGUCAAUCUUGUGGUGGACAGGCAUUAGAAAAGCCCUUGCAUUGCUCUGGCACGUUGCAAGGAACCGCGAAUGGAGACACUGAAACCGCAUUCUUAUGGCACCUGCAGUGCGGCUCUGAUCCAGCAAGGCACUUUAGGUAUGUGUUGGAGUUACUCCCGUGCUGAGUCCUGCUGAUUUCUCCCAGAACUCAGGGCUCAGCUCCCCAGGCACGUACCGGCGUGCUCUGCUGGAUCAGGCCCAAGCGACUACUAAGUGACGGUCCCCUGCUGUCCUGCAGGAGGGCUCCAGCCGCAGGGGUGUCUGCAGGCUCCUUGUGGAAGUUGGAGCAGGUGUUGCUGGAGCUGCCAAACUUGCUGACCUCUGUUGUGCCCUUGCUCCCCGCUCCUGCUGAGGGUUGUGUUUCUCUUCACAAUAAUUUGCUUAUUUUGUAAAUAUACAACUUGUAGUACUUCAGCUUUUUUUUAAUCUCUGUACAUAGUUGCUUGUUGUGGGAUGCACUUGUAAAUAUUUUACCCAGCUAACAAGUACAGAUGGCUAAUUUUGUGGAUAGUGUUUACAAAAGUAGAUGUACUACUUCAAAGAAAAAUGCUAUUUGACACUUACAGUUAGGCAAUCACCAGUGAUGCCAGGUUCCUCUUGAAAUUGAGAUUUCACAUCCAGAGGUAUUUGUACCUGGUGUUUUUAAAAUAAGCUGAAUUAGAAAUAAUUUUGUCCAAACUUUUUACGUAGGCACAAAUUUUCAACCCUAGCUGCCUAAAUGUGGGCUUAAGAGCCCUGCUUCUGGCAUCUAGGACUGUAAAAUUUUAGCCAGUCAUCAUCUGGAGUAUGUUUUUUAUUGCUGAAAACUUAUUGCUUCCAUUAAGCUGCUUUUCAACCUCUGGAUCAGUUGCUGUUUCCCAAACUAAAGCUUUUUGCAUGUGCUUUAAAGCCAGUUGUUAACUGGUAUUUAAAUUUCAACCAGUGUAGAGGAAGUGAGAAACAAGGGGAAACCCUUUCGGGUUUGUUUAUGUGAUCCGGGAUUUUUUGUUUGAAUAGAGACAAAUUUCUUCUUUUCCAGGCAAAACUACUGCGCUGUUCUCAGCCAUGCUGCACGUUCCAGCCAUCUGCAGCACCCUCUGUCCCUAGAGGGCUCAUUUUGUCUAGGAAGGUUCACACCCCGCGUAAAGAUGACUAUGCAGAACCCAAACAACAGCUUGCUUUCCUUCAUCAUCUUAAUUUAUUGUUUAGGAAAUUACAGCAACGUUUUUAGAUUUGGUUUAACCUUUGAAAUCUCUCUACUUGCAAUAGGACUAGCAGGUCAGGGCUGGAGGACUUUUCUGUAGUGAAAUAAUAAUAAAAAAAAAUACAACCCAGUAUAGUUGGCAAUUCUAAUCUAUUUGCUUCACGCAUCUUAUUUUUUUCUUUUUUCCCUCCCACUUCUUGAUUUUAUGUAUAUUUGUGUAAUUUGUCUUUCUAGAGCUGUAUCUUCAAAAUUAUUUCUUUUGGUGUAAAUAUACAGUAGCAUUUUAGGUUUCUACAUAUUUUAUUUUAAAGGGAAAUGCUUUGCGUUCUAAGCCAUGGGCCGUUCAGAAUAAGGAAGCAGAUGUUUGUUCAUUUGUGAUCCAGUUCUGAUUCUCUAAGUUCUCCUUCGAUAUUUAUUAGCAAUCCUCUUCCUGGUCACGAAAUUCCACAGAGCUUGCAAUGGGAGGUGAGCAAAGUGUUCAUGUCAUUUUGUGGCCAGCAGCGUGUGGAGGAGGGGAGGAAAAUGGUGCUUCAGCAAAACUCAAUGUUUCUGCUCUUCCGGGGUUAUUCAUCCCUGGGCAAUGGUUUUGCUAAUUUUUACGUGAUUUUAAUAGAUAUAUGAAGGAGCCCUUGGUUGUGUAGUUCUCAAGUAUUGUUCCCAAAGUGCAUUUGCUAGUUUUUAUUGUGUGUUCGGUGGCUAACUGUUUGAAGUAUUACCUCUUAACCUUAUUUGUCGAUUUAUUUUUUUUGUGUGUUUUUGCAUUUUGUUUUAUAUAUAUAAAUAUAUAUAUAUAUAUAUUCAAUUUUCCAAGAUGGACUCGGU